GUCUAUAUUAAUAUGAAAACGUUUUUGAUUACACUGCCGAUAAUUGGUGAUUACAACAACCUGCAAACUCUGCGAAUCAGGAUGCUUGGAGAUUUUCUGGCUUUCAGGGAUCCCGCACUUUUUUCUAUCACUCAGCUACGCUUGGCUUGGCUUGGAGAAUUAUCUGGAAAAGCACCCGUGAAAAUGGACAGUCUGAACUCCGUCACUCUGGUACUUCGUUUUCAAAUCACUGGGGACGUCCUUUUUGCUCAGGCACCAAACCUGCACCAGCUCCAUUCAUUGACACUAUGGGGAAGGUUGUCACUCGAAACACUCAAACCACAGCAGCAGCUCCCAGACAGCAGUCAAUUCCCGCCAAACCUCACCAAGCUCAUAUUAUGGAAUUCUAAAUUGGAGCAAGACCCAAUGCCGGUGCUGGAGAAGCUGCCAAACCUCAGGUUUCUUCAACUGAACGCAUUUGCAUACGUAGGGAAGAGCAUGUCGUGUUCUUCUGCUGGUGGCUUUCCUCGACUGCAACACUUGAUAUUAUUCUUUCUACACAAUUUAAGGGAAUGGAGAGUGGAGGCUGGGGCGAUGCCCAGCCUCACCCACUUAACUAUCAAUAGAUGCAGAAUGUUGAAGAUGCUUCCUGAGGGAUUGCAGCACAUGACCACACUUAUCCACUUAACUAUCAACUAUUGCGACAAGUUGGAGAUGCUUCCUGAGAGAUUGCAGCAGGUGACCACCCUUCGACGACUGAAGCUGAGUCUCAUGCCCCGUGAGUUGAAUAACAGGGUCAGAAAUACGGUCCGACACAUCCCCUCCAUUAUUUUUGAACAUGAGUUGCAGGAGGAGAUGCUUUCAAUUUACGGUUAGCUGAAGUGAUGAUCCAGUCAAUAAGGUUCUCUGGCUUUCUUUAAUAUAUACAAGGCAACACUUCUAGCUAUUUCUUAUGGAACCAUGGAACUCUUGAUUGUAUUAGUUCUUAUUUUUCAUUUCCAAAUCAUAUAGAUUUGAUGGAAUUGUUAAUUUUCUGUAAUGUAUUUGAUAAUGCUUUUCACACAUGAACUUCUAUUUCGACUUGCAAAUAUUUGGCGAUAUAUGUUAUAUUCUGAUGAAAUCUUCUUUUCUGUUGUUUCUUCAGUA